GGCAUGCCCGACAUAUUGCAGGCGAUUAUUAGAGGAUGCGAUGUUUCGAAGUUCUCUGAAUAUUUACAUUUUGCGUUACUAUGCUUUUUGUCAUCAGAGGGAAAUUCUCGACUCGCAUUUUCCUCUCUCGCAGACAUCUACUUCAACAUCACGAUGCGGCGGAAGACGCUGUUCUACACGGUGAACCUGAUCAUCCCGAGCGUGGGGAUCUCCUACCUGUCGGUGCUGGUGUUCUACCUGCCCGCGGAUUCGGGGGAGAAGGUGGUGCUGUGCAUCUCGGUGCUGCUGUCGCAGACGAUCUACUUCCUGUUCAUCUCGGAGAUCACGCCGCCCACGUCGUUCGCGUUGCCGCUGCUGGGGCGGUACCUGCUGUUCACCAUGCUCAUGGUGGCCCUGUCGGUCCUGCUCACCGUCCUCAUACUCAACAUCCACUACCGGAAGCCGUCCACGCACAGGAUGGCGCCGUGGGUGAGACACUGGUUCGUGCACGUCUUCCCGAAGAUGCUCUUCAUGAGGGUCCCGACGCAUCUCAACGACACGCCGCUGUACGUCAAGUUCGGGAGGAACGACGUGCAGGACGGGAUGGCGAGAGGGAAGAAGGGCUGGGAGAUCCCGCCGCCUCCUCCGCCGCCGGGGACGAGGCGCACCCUGCCCAUGAUGGACGACGACAUCCUCCCUCCGCCCUCCCUCGCGAUGGAGCUCGCGGACGAGGAGAGGAGGUACCCCGCCGAGAUCGAACGGGCCAUCCGGAACAUCCGAUUCAUCCAGAGGCAUCAGCUCGCCGAGGAUGCCUUCCGAGCCGAAGACGAGGACUGGGCGUUCGUCGCGAUGGUGCUGGACCGGUUCUUCCUCUACGUCUUCGUGAUCGUCUCCCUCGUGGGGACGUUCGGGAUCCUCCUCGACUCCCCGGCCCUCUACGACGACACGAAGCCGAUCGACCUCCAGAUGUCGACCAUCUACCAGCGCGGACUGGGUCGUCGGACCGAAGAAUUUUGAGGGCGUUUGGGGGACAUUCGGAGACAUUCGGGGACAUUCGGAGACUUUCGGGGACAUUCGGAGACUUUCGGGGACAUUCGGGGACAUUC